AUGUCAAACCAAACCACCCCUAAUGUUACCCCGAAAGAGGAUCCUGAUGAAACAAAUGCCUUAUCUUCUUGUGCUUGUUCUGAACCAGAAGUAGCAGCCUCACAGUCAAUAAAGACUGAGGAGGAGAAAGAGGAGGCAACACCAGAGUCCCUGGUAUUUGAACCUAUCCCAGAGUUCUGGGAGGAAUUACACGACCUCCAGCCUGUAGGUUCAAAACUGGAAACACCCACAACUGCACCCUCAGUCUCUAACCACCUGGAACCUCAUAAACGCAAUCCUUCUGAAAACACAACUACUAAUGAGAAUGAAGUUGCUCCUACAACUUCAGUAACGGAUCCUCUAAGCUUGACUAUACCUAAUUACGGGUCCCCCAUGACGUCCCCUAUAGAUGUGAUAACCCCAAUUAACAUUGUUUACUCAAGAGAAGGUGUGCCACCUCCCUUCAUAGUGAGAUACGAAGAGGAGGAGGAUGAGGACAAGAAGGGGAUUAAUAUUAAUGGGGACAUCAGAUACGACGAUAAAAAGGAUGACUACAAGUACCAUCAGGAGGAUGAUAUAGUGAACAAACCCCCGGAAUCAGUAAUGGAACCUUCCUUAGCCGACGACUGCAGGCGAGCACUAGGAGACUGUGACUUUCCAACCGUGGCGGAUCUUGUCGAGUCCCAGCAGCUGGUAUACGAGGUGAACCCAGUUAAGAUGCCUGUAAAGAUACCGUGCUUUACUGCUGAGGAGAGCGAGUCUCAACCUCAGUUACUGUCUCCUCAUGCGGACCUGACUUGUGAGACUCUUAGAGCUGCUUACAGAAAACGCCUGGAGAUCGUGAAGUCCCAGCCCCUGUCUCGGAACUCCCUUCCUCGUGGAUCUCAGAAGAUACAGGACAUAAUAAACAAGAAGCUCGACGAAAUGAAAGAAGAAAAGGAGAAGCUUGAACGCUGGAUUAGGGAAAUGGAAAGUUUGAGAACUGUUCAGAGUCAACCUGCAGCUGAAGAAGUAAAAGAUAAGCAGACCGUAUCGGAUAAGAUUAAAGUCUGUCGUGUCUUGAAAGACAGGAGUUUGAAGACGAGCGGAGAGCAGAAAAUGAACGAUUUAAGUCAAGACAAUAAAGAAAUACAAGAAAACGAAGGAACGGAAGGAGAUAACCUAGAUAAGGGUGACAUCCUAGAAGAGGAAGCCAUGGAUACAGAUAAUAGUCAGGAGAUCGAACUAGAUAACGAUAAGAGCCGAGCAGAUGGUACGCGCUAUAAGAAAAGACGACUAGAGGAAGAAGAAGAAGAAGAAGAGGUUGAGGAAGGUACCACAAAAAGAAGGAAGAUUGUGAACGAAUCAUCGGCUCCACAGUCAGACAUCAGCGCUCAGAUAACGAACUUGUCACGUGAUAUUCCGCAGGGUUCCCGAAACCAAUCAGAACGUCCCGUGAUAGUAGUAGGUAAACACAUCAACCAUCCUGGUGUUGUGAAAAUGGAGAGGAAAAGUGAUUCCAGUUCUGGAGUGUCGGAUGCAAUGGAACACUUCCCCAAUCCCGCUGAUAAAACUAUUAAAACACCUCGACAAAAAGAGGAGAUGUGUGAAGAGUCUGCUGAAACACCUCGACAAAAAGAGGAGAUGUGUGAAGAGUCUGCUGAAACAAUGAGGCGGGGGAAGAGAAUUAUGGAAAUAAAGCAGGAGGCCAAACUUGCUAAGUGGUUUUCCGACACGGAACUUUCAGGCAUCCCAGUUACGUUCAGCAUGCUACGAAACAUGGCUAAAGGGUGGGCACCUCACCUUUCCUCCGACCAACUUCUAUUCGAGUUCCUCUCUCGAUUCCAACUCAACUUCCGGCCUUCCUCCGGUCGAUGAACAGAGACUGGACCAAAUACCAAUUUCCGUUUCUGAAUUCUGAUGAAGUAUCUUGCAUCCGCUGUCGGGAUUAUUGCCCCACAAUAACAGUCGG